GCGCGUCCUGCGCCCGGGACUGGGCUGGAGCCGCGCGCCCGCUCGCAGGAGCCAGGCGAGGCGUCAGGAGCGGCGGCCGCAGAGCAGAGCUGGCAAAGGCUCCCGCCUGGGCACGCAGUCGCCUCCCCGGGGGUCUCCGGGGGCCUCUCGGUGCCCGCCUCGCCCUCCUGGCCCCAGCAGGCGCCACAGACCUGGCCUCGGCAUAAGCGGCUGCUACUAGCUGCGUGCGCCCUGCCCAGGACGGACGCCCGGACGCCCGCCCCGUCACGUGCGCCCAAGUCCGCCGCCGGCCAGGACAGCACCGUUCCUAUGGUUCAAGGCGGUUGAUGGAGAAGGGGGCGGAUGACAGCCGGGACGGUGGUGAUCACCGGGGGCAUCUUGGCGACUGUGAUCCUGCUCUGCAUCAUCGCGGUCCUGUGCUACUGCCGGCUCCAGUACUACUGCUGCAAGAAGGACGGGUCGGAGGAGGACGAGGAGGAGCCGGACUUCGAGGUACACUCACACCUGCCGCCGCUGCACUCCAACCGCAACCUGGUACUGACCAACGGCCCCGCGCUCUACCCGGCCGCCUCCACCUCCUUCAGCCAGCGGUCCCCACAGGCCCGUGCCCUCUGCCGCAGCUGCUCCCAGCGAGAGCCACCCGCCUUGUUCUUGCAAGAGCCAGAGGAGGAAGAGGACGACGACGACGACGUGCUCAACGGCGGCGAGCGCGUGGUCUACAAGAGCCUCAGCCAGGAGGACGUGGGGCUGUCCCCUGGGGGCUUCGGGGGCCUGCAGGCGCUCAACCCCAACCGCCUGUCAGCCAUGCGGGAGGCCUUCUCCCGGAGCCGCAGCAUCAGCACCGACGUGUGACCUGCGCCCGCCA